GCCUUUGUUGGCCGGCGUGGGGAGGCGCAGGCUUUUGUUGGACAGGGCCGUGGCUGCUGCGGCGGGCCGGGCUCGCAGGAGAGGCCCCGGCGGAGCUGUCUGCCUGCGCGUCUGGGGCCCUGUCUGCCGCUGCCUGGCGCACGGGCGUGGAAUGCUAAUCAGGCAGCUGCUCACUCGGCAAGGCUGCCGGGCGGCCGGCGCAGGGGGAGCCACCGAGCUGCUCUCGCUCGCUCGCUCGCUCUCGCUUGCCCGCCCUCCCUCCCUCCUUGCCAGAACAAUCCGCCGGGCGGAGAGGCGCGCACGCACACGCGGCGCCACUCAGCACAGAGCCAUCCGCCGGCGCCAGCCGCUGCUCCCUCGGCCGGGCGCCCUCCGGACCCACAAAGGCCCUUCGUCGUCGCUGCCGCCCGUGACCCCUUCCCACCUCCCCGUCCCGCGCUCGGCAAGGCCUGCGGGGGAAGAUGUCGUACCAAGGCAAGAAGAACAUCCCGCGGAUCACGGUGAGCCGCCGGGCCCUGGGCUGGGGAUGGCGAUGAUUCUCGGGUUGGCAUUGCUCUACGAGAGUCCGAUCUGCGCUUCCCGGGCUUGUGCGGAGCCCCCAGCCCCCACCCUCUGCCUUUCCCGAGGCUUCUGGCGGCGCUGGUGAGGAUCCCACCCGGGUGGGCCGCCGAGCUGAAGCCCCUGGGUAGGAUUUUCGUAACGGGAAGGCGAGGGGAGGUUUGGGUUGCAACGGGGAGGGAGGGGUAGGUGGAGCUGCGCAGUCCCGGUGGGCUUCGGGGGGGGGCGGGAGGCGCAGGCGAGAUCCGAGCGAGGGCAUUCGGCGUUUGUGCCUCCGCUGGCCAUGGCUGGUGGUGACCGUCCGCCUGGGGACUCCUCAAACAACCUCUCCUUGUCCACAGCGCGCUCUUUCUCCCCAUGUAACGUUCAGCCUGUAGGUGCGCGCUGCUGCCUUCUUCGCGCAGAAGCGAGCCAAUGGGUCCCCCCACCCACCGGCUUUCCAAGGAGAAAAACAAAACAGAGCGCUGUGUUAUUCUGGAAAUCUCCCAGGGUCAUAAAGCGCUGCGAAAGACCUUGAGGAAUCCGCACCCCGAAUCAACUUAUAAGGGAAUGCAAAACAACAUUCUUCGUGGCGCGCCUUUCUUCUUCUUCGCUAAGUGGCUGGUGUCGCCUUCUUCUGUUGUUUAUCCGCUUGCAGCCCACCCCCGCCCUCGAUCUGAUUGCUCAUUCGAGGAUUUCUAACUCCCUUUGAGUGGGUGACCUCCUACGACACCAUCCUCCAUUCGACCCUCUUCUGAAUGUUAAAAUGUGCAUUUCCAGAAGCAGGUGUGCAGCCCAAGCCUCUUUCUCGAGGGGCAGAGGAGCCCCAUUUGCCUCCCAUGGACAAAUCUAUAUCCGUGUUUUCCACCUCAAAGAGAGGGGAUUAAUAUCUUUUUGGCUGAAUUUGUUUUUAAGCGCAAAGAGCUUAAUUUAGCUUGGUGUCUAGAGUAUUUCUCAGUAUCAGGCAUGUGAAAGGCAAUCAAUACAGGUUAUUCAGAUACAAGUUGAACAGAUAAACACUGAAAUGUGAGCAUUUCCUAUAAGGAUUUCUUCAGUGACUGUGGGAUGUAGUAACUUCUAAUACACAAUCUGUUCCUGGGAAUAUAGGUGGGGGGGGGGGGAAUAGGGGGAUGGAAGUCUUCUGACUGAGGGCUGCUAUUUAAGACAUUUGCCACUGAAAGCUCCCUGUGCAGAGAAUUAGUGUCCUCUUUUGUUAAAUGUAACCCAACUUGAACCCCAAGGAUUUAAACAGUGUUUUAUCCUCAGCUGGAUGUGCUUCAUAAUAACAAUGCAACAAGCUUCUAUUUACCUGUUAAAUGCUUUUCAAAUACAGUGCACAUUCAUAUUAUCUGUAAGCUAAGCUCUGCUGUUUGAAAUAAGUCCAUGCAUCAGACCUAUCUUUAUGCAAAGGUAGUUAUUUCAAAUGCCUUCUGGAUCUCCAUUACAUCAACCCAUACACACCUGAGACUGCAAUCCUAUAUAUAUUUCUUUGUCAUAAGUCUCACUGAAUUUAAUGGGAUCUACUUCUGAGAAGACAUUCAGGGGAUUGCAGUAUAAGAGUAACAAUAUUUUCCUGUCUCUCUCUCUCUUCUGCUUCCCCACACAGCAAAUUGUCAGGCAUUUACCACAACUAAAGGUGUUAGGAUUGGUUGCAUAUAGCCCACAUCAAUGUGAAUCUCUGCAUAUUUCUACUUUUCAAAGGCAAUCACAGUUUGUGACUAUCUUAACAUUAGCAUUCUCCAAAACACAAAUUAUUCUUUUCUUGACCUACUUUUGAUCCCUUCCCAAGUUUGAUCCACUAAAUCAUUAUUAUUAUUUUGUCAUGCUACCCAUUUGCAUCCCCUCCUUAUCCUGCCCUUUAUCAGAGGGGUGUGUGUACAUUGCACAUAUAGACACAUGCACUAUUAGGGUUACAUCUAAUACAGCAGAUUAUGCUUGUGAAAUCAACUGUGGAAAUUUCUGACCAACUCCCCACUGAAAUAAACUGUGGAAUAAAGCACACCACAUUCAUUAGGAUCUAAAGAAUUGGGAAACUAGUGCUCAUGUUCAGGCAGGAGUUCCCAAGGCUGUGUGGCAAGCUGAAAUCGAAGAGGAUUGAAAAAACAGCUUGUGGAACUGCAUGAAGAGUCAAGGGGGAGAGAGCCUGUGAAUAUUCCGCUGAGCUAGUGCACGUCCCUUGUGUGAACCUAAGUGUCUCCUUGGAUCCUGGCCAUGAUGACUGAGGAAGCUCUGAUGCCUGCUUAAGCCCUUUAGGGUUGACUUUUAAAGUAAGCAACGUCAGAACUCAUUACCUGCCAAGUAAUUCUUGGUUGUGAGCCUCUUGACCUGAUGGCCUAGCCUGUGAACUCUCAAAUGCAUUAGUAGGAGAGGUAGGUGACUCUUUCCCAUUCCUUGCAUCCUGUCAUGUUAGAUGGUUUGAAGAGCCUGCUGCAUCAGGCCAAUGGACUAUCUAUCUUGGUUUAGACAGGCCUCACAGCUCCCUUCCUUUCUCAGUGUACUCUAUUUCUCCCAUCAAAAUGAGCAGCUGUGAUGUCACUUCUGUAGAAGGGGUUUUCUUUCGAGGUGGGCUUUGAGCAGAAUGGCUCCCCCCAAUGCCUGACAUGUGAGGGCUCUAUUCUUCAUUGUUUGGCCGUGAGCGAGCCAGAGUAGGCCAGCCCUUGAAGCAGCGACUGAAAGGAAGCUGUUUGAAUAAAGGCUGGCUUACCGCAUCUGGCCCGUGCUCUGGUUGUUAUGGAGAAGGGCUGCAGCCUAGGAAUAGUUACAGCAUUGCUCAUCCAAUACUGUCCCCCCUUCAUGGGGAGGAAGAGCUGCAGUGGGUCACUGAAGCUGUUCAUUGAGGUAUCCUGAUGAAACAAGCCUCUUAUGCUUUCUAUACAUUAUUCACUUUGAUUGGUAGCACAUGUCUUACCCACAUCAUCAUUAUUGACCCUAUAUUCCUGUAUCAAGGUGUAAACACCCAGGAAUUGUUGUGAAGGCAUCCAUUGUUCUGUCUAUGACAGGGGUCACCACCUAAGGCCCAUGGGCCGGAAGUGGCCCGCGGAGGUCGUUUGACUGGCCCACGAGCCACCCCCGAACCAAGCUGCUUGUGCACUGCACUAAACCAGCGCAGCGCAGGGAUUCGCUUCUGCGGCACCGGAAAUUGCGUCUGUGCAUGCGCAGAAAAUCGCAGGCAGGCGCAUGAUCCAGCCCACAGAGGGAACUCCGCAGGACCGAUCCAGCCCAGGCAAGAAAAAUCUUGCUGACCCCUGGUCUAUGAAAUGAAACUGGUAUGGGCUAACUUGAACUUGGAAGAAGGCCACCUGGGUACUCUAAAUCCUAUUAUAAGAGGUCCUUGAAAGGGUGUUGUAAACCAAAGUAGCCAACUCCUUGAUACUUUCCUUGUUAGUACUGUUGCAUUUAUAAAGGCCUACAGUUAAGGGUAUAAGCCCCAGGCUAUGUAACAAGGAAGCCAAUUCCACAUGCCUUCAGAAAUUCCUUUUCUUUGUUAAAAAUUCUGUUUCAGUUGCAAACCAUUACAUUUUUGUUGUCGUUAGGAUGGGAUACUGUCCUUCUCUGUACACUUACUUUCCUUUGCUGUGUGACUUAUUCUGCAUUUAUUCUGAUAAUGUGUUUCUGAGUCCCUAGCAUUCUCCAGCAGCUGGCAGAUUCCCUGGAAUUGCUAACAGAGGUCAACUCAAAAUGAGUCACCUUUCAGCAAAUUAUAGGCCUGAUUCCUUGUAAUAUCCUUGGAGACAGCGCCGAGAGGGGAAAUCAACAAAGGCUUUGCACCAGAAACCCAUGGCUCCUUGUUUUGAGAGCUGAAAAAUGUGGGAUUCUAGCCAUUUUAAUUAAGAGCUGACUGGCUGGCACUGUGUUUUACAAUAACAUUUGACAAAAAAAUAAGUCAGGCAAGACUGAUGAGUGUAUUUUCUAAAUUCUAUAACACAUAAUUCCUACCAGUUGGUCAGAUAGCCCAGAGAUGCCAACAAUUUUUGCUGCCUUUGUUGUUUGUAUUACAUUCUUUUGCAUUUCUAGACAAAAUAACAUCAGCUGCUUUGCAUGUCUUAGACGAAGUCUGAAUCUCAGGGGUGAUUUGAGACCAACACUCAGCUUGCACCACAUAUUUCUCCAUAGUCUGCUUCUGAAUGUCUACCUAAAGUCACCUUUAAUAAAAUGUCUGGUUAGCUUGGAAAUCAUUGUUUGUUUGCUUUUAAAUCAGAGUGACCGGCUGCUCAUCAAAGGAGGAAAGAUUGUCAACGAUGAUCAGUCAUUUUAUGCAGAUAUCUAUGUGGAAGAUGGCUUGAUUAAGUAAGUUGCUGAAAAAUAUUUUGGAGUACAGUUUUAUUUAUUACAGAUAUUUGUGUACAAUUUGAUCUACUUUCAUUGCUCUCCGAUACAUUAAUUACAAUAUAAGCAAAGCAUAGAGGAGACAGAGUAUAAUUGUUGUUACGCAACUACAUGAAAGUAACACAUUCAGUACUACGGUACACAGCACCUUUUGCUCACAGGGACCUAUGGAUCAAGAUUAUUAUUAUUAUUAUUUAUUUAUUUUCUAUAUUGCUCUUCAUCUGAGGAUCACAGGGAAUGCCCCCAAAGAAGUAUGAUUGGCCUCCAUCUGUCUUGGGAGACAAUUGAGUAGUGCACCUUUGGGGGUUUAAGUCAGACUGUUGGAAGGUUGCAAAAGAAAUAUAUCUAUCGCUUAAUCCUAAGGCUGUGCUCAGGUGGCACUUUCCUUUGCUCCCCAUUGAGUGCUAGAGCAUUUAACUGUGAAUGUAGAAAGCAUUUCAGCAAGGAGAGUUUGGUAAAAAAACACAUUUCCAGAAGCCGUGUUAUGAGCAUCAGGAACACAGUGAGUUGAUCUAGUUCAGGGGUAGUCAAUGUGGUCCCCUCCUGUAAUUUUGGACCAUAACUCUCUUUAUCCUGAUCAUUGGCCAUGUUGGCUGGUGCUGAUGGGAGGUGCCGUCCACAGCAUCUUCACUACCCCAGAUCUCGUUACCAGUACUUGAUUGCCAUUUAAAUCAAUGGGAUUUAAGUCAUAAUUUAAUUGCUGGGAUCUUCAUUCAAUGAAAUUAGUCUGGAUCCGACCCAAUAUGUUGGAUAUCUGUAUGCUGUUGUCUUCCUUGAAUGAAACUUGCAAGCAAUCUCUUUUAAUGUCAUUUUCAGGCAAAUUGGGGAAAACCUGGUUGUUCCUGGAGGUGUGAAAAUGGUUGACGCUUACGGCCAGCUAGUUAUGCCAGGUGGGAUAGAUGUCCACACUAGAUUGCAGAUGCCAGUGUUGGGAAUGACCUCUGCUGACGACUUCUAUCAAGGAACAAAAGCAGCUCUGGCAGGAGGGACCACCAUGAUUCGUAUGUAAUGCCCUUACUGUGGACUGCAUUCCUUUUGUUGUUAGAGCAGAAAAUCGGUCACUGAAAAUAGCUAAUUAGAGGUUGCUCACUUGGUGCGGUGGGGCCACAGCACUAGUUUCCCCACAGCCAGUGUGACUGGCUCUUAGCAGGAGGGAGAAGAGCAUGGUGGGAGCAUCAGAUUGGCUCUGACAGUGUGCCUGCACAGCCACAGUGGCCCUGCCACCUUGCUGCUUACCAAGUCCCUUCCAGUAAGUGGCAGUGGUGCCACUCCUAAGAAGCUUGCAUUGCAACUUUGUCCAACUCAGCGAGGCACUCUUGCCAGGUACCACUUGGGUCCAAAUUUCCUCAGAGUGUAGCUGAGCUGAACGCAUCCAGGCUGACUUUCAGCAAACAAGAGAAAUGCCCUGUGUUUGCCUUGUAACACACUCCUCUUGAGACACUAGUCACGAAACCAUAUCACUUGUAUGUAUGCAAGAUCACUGCUCAUUUGGUCACACAAAUUAGCCUUUAAUGCAUGUCUGGGCUCCCACAAUGCAUUCUGUACUGUAGACUUGCAUAAACAUAUCCCCAUGUCAUUGUGGUACAACGACAACCCUUUGGGUGUAGCAGAACUUUCAUUUUUCACAACAUUUUGUGUGUCCUUCCCCUGCCUGGUUAUAAUCUUAAAAAUUAGGUUGUCUGAAAUAUAAUUAUAGACACUGCAGAUCUUUGGUGCUACCUAUGCUGAUGUGAGAGCCAGUGUGAUGGGUCAGUUAGAAUCUGUUAGAGUGUCAGACUAGGACCUGUGAAACCAAAGUCUAGAUUCCCACUUAUCUAUUAAGCUCACCUUGGGCCAGUCAUAGUCCCUCAGCCUUAUAUGAAGAUAAAAUGAGUUUGGGGAGAACCAUGUACUUCACCUUGGAACUCCUUGGAGCAGGCAUAGGCAAACUCGGCCCUCCAUAUGUUUUGGGACUACAACUCCCAUCAUCCCUGACCACCUGUCCUGUUAGCUAGGGAUGGUGGGAGUUGUAGUCCCAAAACAUCUGGAGGGCCAAGUUUGCCUAUGCCUGCCUUGGAAGAAAGGUGAGAUGUAAAUGCAAACCCCCCCCCAAAUGCUUCUUGAAAUAAGAACCUUUCAAUAGAUAUGGGGUAGGAAACCCAUUGCCUUCCAGGUGUUGUUGGACUCUAGUUUCCAUCAUCUCUGGCAUCCCAUAUUAGGCAAUUGAACCCUCAUCAUCCAAUGAAUGCAUUUGUUUCUCCAGUUGACCAUGUGUUCCCUGAAUCUGGGUCAAACCUUCUGACUGCCUAUGACCAGUGGAGGGAGUGUGCUGACAGUAAAGCAUGUUGUGAUUAUUCUCUGCAUAUUGACAUCACACGCUGGCAUGAGAGCAUCAAAGAAGAGCUGGAGGCUCUCGUCAAAGACAAAGGUAAGUGCAAAGAUACGCUUCAUAGAAAGUAACAAGUGGAUGGAGAUUUACGACUGUCAUAGCUUCCUAGUUGCAAAAAGACAUGAAUAUUGCAACACUGGAAGGCAAAGAUCCUGCCACAUAUAAACUGCUAGAUUAUGCAAAAGAGUGUUUUAGCUUGAGAGCAAAUGAUGUUUAAUAGAUGAGGGAAGCUUAUCCUUUUUGACAAGAUGUGUUUAUCAUUUUAUGAAUAUGAUGUCCUAACAUGCAGUGUUUUUCCACCAUUGGAAAACUCAGUUUUUGUGUUCUUUGAUUAUUCGAGAUCAUUUGUCCUCUAAUGCAAUAUUUGGGAAGUAUAAGUAUUUUAAAUGUUCUUUUUAUUGUGUGUGUCUGUACCCACAUGCAUAUACACACACAUAAAAGUAAAGGGACCUCUGACCAUUAGGUCCAGUCGUGACCGACUCUGGGGUUGUGGUGCUCAUGUCGCUUUAUUGGCCGUGGGAGCCGGCGUACAGCUUCCGGGUCAUGUGGCCAGCAUGACUAAGUCGCUUCUGGUGAACUAGAGCAGCACACGGAAAUGCCGUUUACCUUCCUGCCGGACGUGCUUCCCACUUUGACGUGCUUUCGAACUGCUAGGUUGGCAGGAAUAGGGACCGAGCAAUGGGAGCUCACCCCGUCGCGGGGAUUCGAACUGCCGACCUUCUGAUCGGCAAGUCCUAGGCUCUGUGGUUUAACCCAUACACACACAUAGGACAAUGAAAAUUAGUUAACCAUCAGUAAAAAAAACAAGCUUUCUUUCUUAAGCAUGACAAUAUCCAGUGUUGUGGAAUAACAUUCAAUAGCAUCCCACCUUAAUAUGAUUUGACCCUUAGGUAGACAUUGUUAAAACUAGAAUCCCCCACUCCCAAUUCCAAUAGUUUAUUAAGGUGCCAGCUAUGCCUUGGAUGUGGAAUACUUGAGAGGGCUUUUGGUAUCCCAUGCUACUGGGCUGCCCAAGUGGACCAAAACAAAACAAAUAAAAACUCCCAUUCUGGGUGUUGCAUUCAGGUUGCUUCUGAGAAGGUCCACCAGGUGAACAUCUAGGCAACUACUUGAAUGCUUCUGUCUUUCCUGCCGCUUUUGAAUUACUAUUGAAUCAAAUCUGCAUAAAAUCAUUCCACUGUGGCAAUGAUAGUGGGAGAAAGAAGGAUCCUGCAGGCAUCUCACCCCCUUUGGAUUCCAACCUUCAUCAUGGUUUUUCCCCACACAGAGGGCCUUCUGGGAAGCCAGCUGAAUCCUUCCAGAUUAAAUACGCUGUGAAGCUAGGAUAAGGCUAUGCUAUGGCUCUGAUGUGGUUUCCCACUCAGAGAGUCAGAAAUUUCACCCAAGAGCUACUUGGUCAGAACCUGCCCAGGCAUCCCAGUGGGAAGGUCCACACAUUCCUCAUUGCAACAGGCUCCUUGUGGUGUGGAAGCCACUUCCAUGUGGUGUGGUUCUAAACUGUAUGUGAGACUGUUUGUAUGCAUGUGUGUGUGAGAGAGAACUGGGUGACAGUGUGAAUGGGGUGACACUCUUGUGUUUCCCAAGGAAUUGGCACUAGACCCAUACGACCAGGACCGUCUGCACGGCCACACUAUUUCCUGCUAUUCAGAAUUGUUCUCUAGUAUUGCUUUACUAUUAGUAAAGAGAACUAACAAUUAUUCCCAUUCACGAUUGUGUUGUGCCAGCACAACUGGCCACAUGAUCCAUCACUGGCCACAUGGUUGUUUCCAUUAGUACGACUAUACUCACUAUUAUUCAGUGUUCACAAAAUCAUGUGCCACAAGACCCACAUAGUCCCACUCAUCACACACAUGCCCUGCAUCAUGGGAUUGCACCCUGGUGAAGGGGCCGCUUUCUAUAGGCCAUGCUGCUGAAGGAGUUCACACUGAGUAGCCCCAGAAGAAAGUGGAAGGAAAAUACCAAGCAUUAUCAGGAAGAGAUUGGGAAACCUUGCAGGAAAAUCAUUUCUGGGGACACAGUGCACCAUCUUUCAAAGAAACUGAUGGUGAAACACAAGAGCCAUACCUCAGUGGUAGAAUGUAUGUUUGCAUGAAAAAGUUUGGGUUCACUGCCUGACAUUCUCAGGUGAGGUUAGGAAAGACUUCUGCUUGAAACCAUGGCAAACCACUGCCGCUCAGUGUAGAGGAUACUGAUGGUCUCACUCUGUUUAAGGCAGCUUUGUAUGUUCCUACAAAACUCAACGUUAAGAUUUUAAGUUAACCAAUACAUGGAAUUGGGUUAUCCAAUCCAAUGUCAGAUUUCUCAUGUUUAUUUAAACGUUGCAAUAAAUUCUAAUAAUAUAAUUGGAAACUGUCGGGGAUUUUGGUUCAAUUCUACAACCCAAGAAGUCAUACAGAGAAAUUAACAUAGCGCAGCUUAAUGCAUGAACAUAGCUUAUUGCUCCAGAUUGUCUGAAAAAGAAUUUGAUAGGUUCAGAGCCUUGUGGUAUAUACCUGAGUGGUAUGUAUCUGCACACUGUGGUUCCUAACUAAUUGCACUUUUGACAUUGGAAAGAAAAUGCAUUAAUGACAACUGUUCACUUAGCACAGAUGAGUAAUUCAGAGUCAUAUCAUUGUAUUUGACUUGACUGCUAAGAAUGUUAAAUCAGACACUUAGGAUUCGAUAGCAUUUUCUUCUGAAUAAGCAAGCUCAUGGCUCACAGCAUAGAUUUUAUUCAACAUUUUUCAAUUCAGAUUCUAAGCCUUGAUUAGUUUUGUAUCUAAGCUGGCCACGCUAUGCAGCCUGGUAACUGAUGAUCAUCUUUCAGUAGCAAUCAUUAAUUCUCUUCUGCUUUCAUUAAGGUGUGAACUCCUUUCUUGUUUUCAUGGCUUAUAAAGACAAACUCCAGUGCACUGAUGCUCAGGUAAUAUACAUACAAGAUGCAAACUAUUGUUCAACUAUGCUUUGGUUGAAAAACAUAAGCAUUAUCAGACUCCACCAUUUUUCUUUCUUUCCUGGCAGAUGUAUGAGAUAUUCAGUAUUAUUCGAGAUUUGGGCGCCAUUGCCCAAGUACAUGCUGAAAACGGAGACAUCAUUGAUGAGGUAGAGUGUUUAUUUAUUUCAUUUCAUUUAUGACUCACUGGCCAUGAAGCAUCCCAAAGCAUUUAGCAAUUAAAAAAUCAGCAGUGAAAACAAUUUCAAAUCCAAUUCAGUUAGAAGGGUGGUUGGAAAAGAAAUGUCUUCAAUAGGUGCUGAAAAGACUGUAAAGACAGUGCCUGUCUGAUCUGUAAUGGGCACAAGUUCCAAGGGGCAGGUGCCACCACACUAAAGGCCCUGUUCCUACAUCAUGUGGAAUGAACUUCCUGAUGAGAUGGUAUCCACAGGAGACCCUCAUCUGCAGAGUUCAUUGAUUGGUUGGGUGUAUAAGGAGCGAGAUGAUCUUUUAGGUAUCCUAAAAGGUAUCCAAUCCAUCUGUAAUAUGUUGAGGAUAAUGGCCUACAGUACAAGUUUGUACUUUAUCAGAACUUGAUUCUGGAUCAGGCUGUGUGUGUGUGUGUGUGUGUGAGAGAGAGAGAGAGAGAGAAAUGGGACCAACAAAAAGUAGCAUAUGGCAGUGCAUAGGAGCAGCCAUAUGGAUUCAGAACAAUGUACCCUCCAAUCUUUGGGCACUUUUUCAUAGCACUGUGGAAAAUGAUAGCAUCUAUAUGCCAGCUAGGCAUUUGAUAACAUUUGUUUGCCACUAACUACAUAUUGUCUGCCAAGUUACAGUUGUAAAAAAAAAACAACAUACAAAAGUUUAAAACGGCAACAAAAGAGUAAUGCAACUUUAUUUGCUACAAGUGUUCAUACUGCAAAACGAUAAAGAGGAUGAACCCAACCCUAGCCAACUAAAAGAUGAGCACCACAGCAGGCUAGAGUAUCCUCAUACCAUGGGAACGUGUGUGUGUUGUCCUUUCCAUGUGUUUGCUGUGAGAAACAUUGAACAUAGUUCACCAUGGGAAAGUGGCAUAUAAGUACAUGAAAUCUAUUAAGGAUCUUUCAUAGUAAACAGUUUAAAGUAGUUUGUGUGUGGUUGCUGAUGCUUGUGUCUCAACCUUGUGUAUUUAAAUGUCAGGCACCUGAAACUUCAGAGAGAGGGAGGUGUGUGUGUGUGUGUGUGUGUGUGUGUGUGUGUGUCCCACACCGAUAUAUACAUACACACAUACAGCCAAGGAGGGGUUGGGUUUGUGUAUCUUCCUUGUUCUGUUUUACAGAGAUCCUUAAUAUUCACCCCUAGGGCAUUCUUAAAUUACACUGGGCAACAAUUUUUUACUUUUUGAAUGUUGUCUAGAUUUCUACAACUGAUUUAGGGUAUUUUUGCACUGCUGAAUCAGGAAAUGGCAUCCGUUUUUCUCCAUCAGGUCAGGUUUACUGUAAACUGAAUGGUAGGCAUUGAUAAAGGUAAGUAUAGGUAAAUUGCAUGUUGCUUCACCAUUUUUCAAACUUCAGGGCUUGAACUUCCAUUUCUUGGAACUCCAGGAAUGCUCAGCGGCAGGGAGGUCUCUCUUCAGAGUCCAACAGUAGUCAGCCAUCAUGACUGCAUCCCAGUGACCCUGAUACCUGGUCUCCAUCUCUUUCAUGUCCUGAUGGAAUCUCUCCCCCUGCUCAUCACUCAUUGAACCCAGGUUCUCAGGAAACCGGUCCAUAUGUGAAAAUAGGUAGUGCAUCUUAACGCUCAUGUUGCAGCCCAGGUUUCUGAAAGCAGUCAGCAUGUUGUUGACAAGUUCUGCGUAGUUUCUGGCCUUAUUGUUACCAAGAAAGUUCUUCACUACCAGAACAAAUGCCUUCCACGCUUCCAGUUCCACUUCGUUCAUUGAGUUUCCGAACUCUGGAUCUCUGAUGAGCUGAUGGAUCUGAGGACCAUCAAAGAUGCCAGCUUUCAACUUCUCCAUGGUCAAUCCUGGAAAAGCCUGGCACAAGUAAGUGAAGCAGUCACCAUUCUUGUCCAGAGCCUUGGUGAACUGCUUGAUUAAGCCGAGCUUGAUGUGCAGCAGUGGGAAGAGUAUUCUGUCUCUGUCCACCAGAGGGUCAUUGAUGACCUUCCUUUCUUUGCAAGGCACCCAUUCCUCCUGCACAGGCCAGUCCUUCUUCGUGUAAUGCUGAGCACAGUCCCUACUAUCCCACAUACACAGAAAACAUGGAUACUUGGUGAAGCCAGACUGUUGUCCCAAGAACAAGUUCACCAUCUUCAGGUCAGCACAAAUAAACCACUUAUGCUGAUCAUAACCAAUUUUCUCCAGCACAUACUUCACCGCUUCAUAGUUCUCCUUCAGUGUACUCGAGUGAGCCAGGGGUAUAGAGGCAAACUGGUUGCCGUUGUGUAGCAGAACACAUUUCAGUGAUCGCUUGCUGCUGUCAAUGAACAGUCUCCAAUCUUUGGGUUCGUACUGUGGCACUCCAAGCUUUAGCAGAAGCUGCGCAAUAUCUGCACAGUACACCAAGUCCUUCUCUUCCGAGAAAAAACGGAGGUACUCUUGAUGCCUGUUGCGGAAGAAGCUGAUGCGAGCACUGUCAGAGAGGAGGUUUUUUCCCUUCAAUCUGGAUGCCAACAGUUCGGCAGAGUCCUUUGACAAGCAGAGGUCACAAACUAGAUCAUUCAACUCCUUUUGGGAAAAUGGAUGUGGAGCAUCAUCUUCAAGAACCACUUCUUCUUCUUCAUGUCCUUCAACACUGGAGGCAUCUUCGUCACUAAUGUCAGGAAGUUCUCCGAAGAUAGGCACUGGAAUUUCAUCACAAUGAGCUACAGGACGACGUGCUGAUUGAAGAUCAGGAUACUUGAGGCUGCUCCGGUUCUUUCUGUUGAUCCCAGUCACAUCAACAGCGCAGAAGUAGCAGUCAGUGACAUGGUUUGUCGGCUCCCUCCAAACCAUGGGAAUUCCAAAGUUCAGACUCCUCUUGCCAUUGGUCCACCCACGUAGAGUCUCGGUGCAUGCCUUGCACACCAUGUGUGGUGCCCAAGCUUUAUCCUGGUCACCAAGUUUAAUACCAAAAUAAGCAUGGUAAGCAACUUUAUGCUUUGCCGCACCAAUUUGUGGAAGAUUUUGAGGUUUUAUGGCUUCAAACUGAUCCCUUUUCGACAUAAUCACCCAGAACUAUCAGACCUGAAUACUUCUUGUCAUUAAAAUAAUCAUUUCCAAUCAAAACAAUUAUUCGACAUGGCAUUUUACCCCCACCAACUUCUUCUAAAAUGCUCCACACAAGCGUACAUGUGAACAAAAACGUAAAAAAACGACAUGUGGCCAUAGCUCAAAAACUUGACCUGAUUGAGCAAAACCAAUGUGAUUUUUGGAUUCAGCGCAUCAGAUUCGUCCUAAAUCAACUGAAAAAAUGCAGACAACAAAUUUGUUGUUGACCAGUGUUAUCAUCAGUUGAAAAGUUGGAAGCCCUUCUGAAGAUAUUGAUCUGCUUGGGAUUAGAGAAUUUUUGUUCACAUCCGACAUCAUACUUUGAUCCAAAGCAGAUAGGUAUCACCAGAGCGGGUGGUUGUUUUUAGGGUUUUCAACAUAGUUAUUAAAAAACUAUGAAGGGUGACCUUCAAGUGUAUUUGCAGGCAAAGAACAAAAGCAUGGAAAUAAAUGUCUCCAGAGCACUUCAAGGACAGAAAACAUUUACCUCGGAUUGCAAAAGAUUAAAUGCUCUUGAAAUUACCAUGUAGAGGUUUACUGCCUGUCAGAAUAUAACUAGUUAUUCAGAAGGCUUACUUACCGCUUUGCACAACAAUCUUCUGAGAAAGUGAUUUGUAAUCACUAAAAUACCUCAAUAACAAUAAAUUAAAUCCAAGUCUAACCUUGACUUGGCCAUUGUACUGCAGGCUCUGGUAGCUGCCAGAUCGGAUUAUCACAAUGUUCUCUACAAGGAGCAGCUCUAGAAGUUAUUUGGAAACUUCAACUGGUCUAAAAUGCAGUGGCCAGACUACUGGAUAGGGUCCCACUAAGAUCAAAUAUAACACCUAUUUUCAGACAGCUGCAUUUGUUUGCACGCCCAAUUUAAGGUGCUCAUGUUAGUCUGAAAAGCCAACUCAGGUCCCAAAUACAGUACCUGAAAUAGCAUCUCCUUUCCUACAGUCCUCCUUGAGUAUUAAGGUCAGCAGAGGGGGUCCUCUUAGUUUUUCUGUAUAAACAAACUUCAUAAUACAGCUUUCAGAAAACACUGAAGAUGCUUAUCUUUACCCUGGCUGUUGAUUCCUGAGAUGUGUAUUUUUUUUUCAGGACCCUAUUUUAUUUUUUUUAAAAAAAAUUAUACAUAGCGUAAAAGCUAUAGACAUAUUGCAUGGGUUCAACUUGUUUGUUGUACUAGCAGAAGCCAGCAUGUCUCUCAAUAGCACAACAGGACUUCUCUCCUCUUUCACUGCCACUGUGCAUCUCCCAAACCUCCCCAAAUCUGGUCAGGAGAACUCCUAGAACAGUGCAUGGAUGGAGGAGCGAGGAGAUCAUUCCUCCUGGCAAUGCUUUUUGGACUUGGUUGGUCAAAUAGAAACAUAAAUUUGCUUUCCAUGAGCCCAAAUCCUUGGAGAAUUUUUUUUGGACUCCAUCAACACACUUCGUUUUGAUGUUGUUUUUAAUGUGGAUCAUUCAGAUGGAACAAGGAUGUUAGAAAGAUGGGUACUUAUUAUACAUAUUUAAUCAGCUAGAAUUAUGUAUCAGAAUUCUAUUUUUAAAAAUUCUUCCUCUUUUGGCAUCCUUGAUAUAUUUCACUUGCCUUUUUUAAAGAAUGGUUUCAGGAACACCCCCACACCCCCACUGCCACCCUAAGAUAGCAUAACAGUAGGAUCUAUGUUUAGACUUGCCUUGUAAACUACCAGAGAGUUGCAGAAGGCAAAUGGUUAUGCUGCUGAGUUGCACAUAUAGAUGAGGAAGUUAACCGCUCUAAUUGUCAUGGAUAAAUACAUGGUUGUGGUGGUGUUUUUAAAAAGAUAGCAUUCUAAAGUUUCAAAUUAGAUUUUUGCACCUUUCAUUUAUUGCUUCUCCCAUAUUUCUUCAUUUAUUUAGGAACAAAAAAGACUUUUGGAGCUGGGGAUUACUGGUCCAGAGGGUCACGUUCUCAGUCAUCCAGAAGAGGUAAUAUUAAGUAGGUCCCCACAGAAUUACUGUCAACUCUACUCAGUAAAAUAAAAUUGGGAAAUACCAUUAAGGGUUAAAUUCACACGUGAAAUCUCUUUUGCCGAGCCACGUUCAGACUUCACAAAGCCUUCCAAAGUCCCCUUUUGAUAAGAGAGGGAUGCCCAUGCUUAAGCACUGAAUGUCACAUGCAAGAGCAUCAUGCACUACAAAUUAUUGUAGAGCUACACUAUUUUUGAAUAAAAUCCUGUAAGUGUUUUGCUGCAGUGAAAUUAGCAUCAGCAUAGAUAAGAUUAAUGAAACUGUAUCUUUCAGGGGUGGAUUAUAGGUUCUGCUCCAGAUGUUGUUGGACUACAAUUCCUAUCAGUCUCAGCUAGCAUGAUUUAAUGGUCUCAGACUUAGUUAUAAUGAGAUGAUACCCCACAACAUCUGGAGGACACCAUGACGACGAUCCCGGUGUAGCUUAUAGAUUUUGACACUUGGUGCUUUUGCAAUCUGAAAUGAGACUAAAAGGAUGGUCCAUGUGUCAUUAUAUAAACAACACCACUUCUGCUGAGUUUUAUUGUUCUAGAUGGCACUCUUAGGUUGCUUGUUAGGCAGUAAACCCCCUUCAACCCACCAGGAGUUGCUUCUGAAUAAACAUGCAUACUCUUUCAGUUAUGUAUUUAUUUACGCAUUUAUUUGUUUUUAAAACCACAUUUGAGUCUCUUCCAGUAAUAAUUAUUGUCUGACUGAAUUAUUCAUAUAUUUGAAAUCAAUCAAUAUCAGAGGAGACAUAAUGCUAACUUCCCCACAUUUCCCUGUAACUACAGUUUUCCUGUAAGUGCAGUUGUGAGUGGGGUAGACUUAUGAAGAACAAGUAGAACAAUCCAUCAUAACAGAAUCCUAGCAGCCCUAGCUGUUGUUUAAGCUCUAGGCAAGCUACUUCAGAUGAAGCAGACAUUGUGAAGUAAGUAUCUGACUGUGUUCAUGCUUCCAAAGGUUGAAACGGAGGCCGUGUUCCGUGCCAUUACAAUAGCGAAACAAGCCAAUUGCCCCUUAUAUGUCACAAAAGUCAUGAGCAAGGGGGCUGCAGAUGUCAUCGCUCAAGCCAAGAGAAAAGGUAAGUCCUGUUUCACGCUUCCAUACUGAUGAGGACUUUCUGUCAAGUCAGCAGUUUUUGAACAGGGAAAUUAAAAUGCCCGGACAUUUAAAAUGAUGGUAGAUAGCAGACAUUUUUCUCCAAGCAAGGACCGCUAGUGGUGGAUUCAGAAUAUCUCUCAGGCAUAAACUUGACAUUCUUUCAUGUCGUUUGAGCAUCCUUGGAGGUGACAAACCUCUGGAAGUGUUGCGGACAACGUCCUGUCCUGCUGUCAGAAAAUCUUUGGUUGCAUUCAGAAGCCUUAAGGUUAAGAAAUGUCAUCUUCUGUGAAAGGUCUUUUGCAUGGUCUUGUCUUGAAAAUCCCUCUUGAGACAGGUUUGUCCCCAAUACUCUGUUCUCUUUCACAGUAUCUAAACGGUAUACCUGACAUUCAACCACAGACACUGGAAUUUACUAGCACAAGAUUUUUUAUCAACCUUUUGCCCCUAUAUUGUCGAUUGGGAGAUAUAUAUAUAUUUGCAUAUCUAAACACCAGUCUCAUCUCAAGGGAGUCUCAAGUUAAGACCAGGGAAGCCAACAUUUGAAUAUAUAUGCAGAUACAGCAUGCUUGUUUGUUUCAUGUACAUUUUUCUGCUUCCAAAGGGGUGUGCCUAUCACACAUUUUUGUACCAUAGGAUGUUCCUGGGUGGGGGAGAUGUGGGGCAGCUGCUUUUGAUGGCAGCAAUGUGCAUACUGCAGUGGUGAUGACUGUUGAUUGUUUGUUCAGGCACAGUUGUGUAUGGAGAGCCAAUUACAGCCAGUCUUGCUACAGAUGGCUCUCAUUAUUGGAGCAAGAACUGGGCCAAGGCUGCUGCCUUUGUGACAUCUCCUCCCAUUAGCCCAGAUCCUACAACGCCCGAUCAUCUCACUUCCCUCUUAGCAUGGUAAGUCCUAAGGACAGAAUGACCUUUCUCUGGAAACACCAAAUAACAGACUGCAGCUCAAAUGUGAUGGUUAGCAUGAGAAGAGCUAGCAGCUGUCCUGGAAUAAGCAUCCGAAAACCUCCUUAUUUGGACCUGGUUUCCCACCAAGUCAAUAUUCCUUUCUCCCUCUGGAUUGCAACCAUGGUGGAGAAUGUCAGAGCUGUGGGCGUCUCUCCUCACCACAGAUGCCACGAGCCUCUUGGAAGUUUUUAUAGUCUUUAUUUACAGUAUUUACAAUGGGUCAUUAGCACAUUGGUCAUCCAUCAGAGUCACUCAGUUCAGAUCUCUGCUGAGGCCUGCUUUUGCCCCUCAAACAGCUCAUAAAAUGGUGAGGUCUCCCACCCCAUAGUUCCGCCCUUCUCUUUACCACAGGCCUUCUCUAGGGCAGUCGUAAAUUUCCCCCCUGAUUCUGAGCCUGAGCUUAACCCCUGCGUUCCCUGUGAACUUUCCGUCUCCCCAGCCCUUUCUGGGCUUAUUCCAACCGCCCUCUCCUCAUUGCCUCCCUCCCCCUCAGGCCCCUCGUCCACAUCUUCCGCUCCCAGGUCCCCCUCCCUCUGGGAAACUUGAGACUUCUGGUUCGUCCCUGACAGAGAAUGUGUUCCUCUCAUUUCCGUAUCAUUUGCAGAUGGAUUUUUUUUUUCUGGAAGCAAAUAACCUGGGAAUGAGCACUAAACUGGCACAAUAUCCCACUAUGGUUCCAGAAGUGGCUUUUGCAUCAUAUAUAACUCAAAUAUCAUGUGGAAAUUAACAGUCAGGGGAAAGUUGUGAAAAUGGAAUAAACCGCAGCCUUUGACUGGGACCUGGAAGACCAGGGUUCGUGCCCCCAAUCACCCAUGAAGCUCCCUGGAUGACACAGGGCCAGUCCCUGCCCUUGAGGCUGCGCUACCUGACAGGGUUGUUGUGAGGAUUAAAUGGGGAGGGGGAGCCACUUGAGCCCUUUAGUGGAAUAUAAAUGUACUACUCAUACUGUUUUAAAAAAGGAGUGUGGCUUUAUAUGUUUGUUUUUCCCCAUACCGUGGCUGCUAGUCCUGCAUUCCUGGCAACUUUUUCUACCUUUUGCAACGUGGCUGAGGUUAGGAGUCACUGAAUAGAUUGGUAUCUCCCCUCUUCGCAUAGAGGCCAAAACACAGCUUCUCUCCCCCCCCCCCAUUUUUUGUUUAGAAUUUAAGUCACUGUGACAUUCAUCUUGUCACUUUGUACUGCUGAAGUCGGCACAGUAAAAAAUAUGGCAGAGUCAAGGUUGAUUAUGAAUAUAAAGUUGACAGUCUUAUUUCCUCUACUGCCUCUGUUCACCUCCAUUGUAACCUCUGAGGAAUCAUUUUGAAAACCCACCAGUUCUUUAAAGUUUUAUUAGCUGUUUGUUUCUUUUCAACUUACAACAAAUCAAAAUCACUCCAGAUUUUCAGACUCAGUAGGAAAAUAUUGGAUAAAUUGGCUUAUGCAACCAUCAAAGAGCUCCCCCCCCAUUUCACUCUUUGCUUGCCAUUUGUUUUAAUUAGUGGGGAUCUUCAAGUGGUUGGCAGUGCUCACUGCACCUUCGCCACAGCGCAGAAGGCCGUCGGAAAGGAUAACUUCACCCUCAUUCCAGAAGGAACAAAUGGCAUUGAAGAACGAAUGUCGGUCAUUUGGGAAAAGUGUGUGGUGAGUCAGUUCAGCAGAAUCCAGUGUGCUCUGAAAAGCAAAGGAUGCUGACGUGGCUUGAAAGUGUUAGAUAUCUCACUGCAUUGUAUUGGCUAAACCAGCAGUUUGCAGUGUACCUAAUUUGCACUACAGAAACACAAACAAAAACCCAGCUGCCCUUCAAAAUUCACACUUCUCUGAACUUUGCAAUGCAGUUCUUCAGCUGCGUAAUGUGUACAAACAUGCAUACACUAAAGUGUUUAUAGAAAUGCACAUCUUAGUGAAAAUAACCAAGAAAAUGCACUAUAUUAGGGAGCAUUGCUUUUCAAAAAUGCGCACUUUAGGCAAAAAUGCAUAUAAACUGCUUUGAGUGUUUGUUUGUUCUUUACAAUCAAGCAAUAUAUAAAAGUUAUAAAAUGAAAUAAAUAUACAAUGAGAAAUUCACACUUCAAUGCUGAUAAAUCUUCACGGGAACUUUAACAAACAAACAAACAGAUGCAGAAUUGUGGAGAACUGAAUUUAAGAUUGAAAACAAUGAGAAACAUGAGAGAAACGAAAUGGAAAGACUUGCCCAUCCCUAAAUGAGUAGCCAUCACUUUGCUAUCCUAAGAUAAGAAUCAGAUAAUACCUUAUUUUUCGCCCUAUAGGACACACUUUUCCCCCUCCAAAAAUGAAAGGAAAAUGUGUGUGCGUCCUAUGGGUCGAAUGCAGGCUCCUUGGCUUCAGCGAUAGCAACGCGAAGCCUCCGAAGCCUGCUCUUUGAGGCUGGCGGGAAGGCACGUGAUGCCUUAGCGCUGCUCCCCGACCCAGCUUUGAGUCUGGCGGUGGGGGAAAGCAGUGCUUCCCCCCACCGCCAGCCCCACAAGCUGGGGGGGCAGCGGGAAGGCACGCGAUGCCUUAGCGCUGCUCCCCGACCCAGCUUUGAGGCUGGUGGUGGGGGAAAGCAGCACUUCCCCCCACUGCUAGCCCCACAAGCGGGGGGGGGGCAACAGGAAUGCGCGUGACGCCUAAGCACUGCUCCCCGACCCGGCUUUGAGGCUGGCAGUGGGGGAAAGCAGCGCUUCCGCCCACCGCCAGCCCCACAAGCUCGGGGGGCACUGGGAAGGCACGCGUCACCUUAGCGCUGCUCCGCGACCCGGCUACGAGGCUGGCGGUGGGGGAAAGCAGCGCUUCCCCCCACCGCCAGCCCCACAAGCUGGGUCGAAAAGCCCGCAGGAGCCGCGCAGCCUUUAAAGAGCGCGCCGCUCUUGGGGGCUUUUCCCAAAGGAGGGAGAAGGGACUGACUGGCCAAGUCAGUCCCUUCUCCCUCCUGUGGGCUUUUGCGGGAGGUGGGGGAAUUCCGCCACCUCCCGCAAAAGCAGGGAGAAGGUCUUGGAGUAGUGCACAGGCUGCGUGCAGCCUGUCCGCUGCUCCCAGAGCUGCGGGGGGGGGGAUCAUAUUUUUCCCCUUGAUUCCCCCCCUGAAAACUAGGUGCGCCCUAUGGGCCGGUGCGCCCUAUAGGGCGAAAAAUACAGUAUCUAUAAUUUUAAGUGAUAUGGACUAGAGGGACCUGUGGCCUUCCAGAUAUUGUUUGACUACAACAUCCCUUCAUCCCUGGUCUUCAUCCCUGACCAUUGACUAUGCCAAGUAGGGCCGAUGGGAGUCUGCAACUUCUCCACCUCUGGGAAAGAGUUCAGUGCUGAGUUUUAUGAGCAGUCACCUCCCUAAUGCCAUCAAUAGACAUGUACCAUCCCUACUGUCUAUGUCACAGUAAGAAUAGCUGUGUUGGAUUGAACCACCUUGAUCCACCUGGUUUAGCAUCCUUUUUCCACCAUUGGCCAGUUGGAUUUUUCUGGGAUGCUUGCAAGCAGGGCAUGAUAGUAGGCAGCCCUCCUUUUUCACUUGUUCCCAGUAUCUUCAGUACUUCAAAGAUACGUAGUUUUUUUUCCUUCUCAUACAAGCUGCAGUAUGAAUUACAAAGGAGCUCAGCAAGGGGGAUAGAUUUGGGAUGAGAUGACAGAUUAAGGCCAGAGACUUUAAUCUGUUUGCCUGAAUGUAAUACUUGUCAAAUGAGCAUGCUUUCCACACCCCAGAGGUCUAUGGUUUUCAGAUCUCUCUUUCUGAAAUCCCCCUCUCCCUUCUUUCCCUCUUUCUGCCCAUUUGCAGGCAACGGGGAAGAUGGACGAAAAUGAAUUUGUAGCAGUGACCAGUACAAAUUCAGCAAAGAUUUUCAACUUCUACCCCAGGAAGGGACGGGUUGCUGUGGGUUCCGAUGCUGACUUGGUGAUUUGGAACCCGAAAGCUACAAAGAUAAUCUCUGCAAAAACUCACAACUUGGUAAAAGAAGAACUCACUGCUUUUACCUUUCUUCAGCACAUUAGAAGUUUCAUCAUUUAUAAAGUUGAGCUACUAAUUAGCUGUGAUAAAAUGUAAUGCAGCUAAGGUUGCUAGCUUGUUUUCCAGCUUUGCCUUUAACUGUGGUUUGAUCUGCAUGCAUUAGCAGGUGCUCAUGUUUAUCUCCCAAGUGAUGAAAAGUGUCACCUACAAAAUGCUGCAGUUCAAACUAUUAUUAAUGCUUGCAAGCAGGUGAGGUAGAGCUUCCCCCCCCAGUCAGCUGACAACCUUAGAUCCAUCAAAGAUUGAACAUUAAAUUUCACCAAUUUCAGUAGAGUUAGUAAUGUGCUAUGCAGCCAGAUCCUAUUUGUGUUUACUUGCAUGUAAGUUUCAGUGAGUGCCCUAUGUAUACCUUGGAAGCUGUGCAUGAUCAUUCAAAGCCACCUGGAGAUUAUGCACAUUGACCAGGCCGUGGGCACCACUUCCCGUUUGUGUGCACAUUUUCAGUUGGCAUUUAUGAACAUUCGGCAUCCAACCCACCAUGGUGACCCUCUGACACUUACCUUUUGAUAUAAUUCAUCUUGAAGCUGAUCAAGAAUCUCUUGUUGGUUUUGCCAGAAUGUAGAGUACAACAUAUUCGAAGGAACAGAAUGUCACGGUGUCCCUACGGUGGUGAUAAGCCAAGGGAAGGUUGUGCUGGAAGAUGGGAACCUCUUUGUCACCCAGGGCGUUGGUCGUUUCAUCCCUCGAAAGACAUUCCCUGAUUUUGUUUACAAAAGGAUAAAAGCAAGAAACAGGGUGAGAACAUUUCUGUACAUGAAACUCCUUCCUUCCCAUUGCUGAUGAAAUGCUUCCUUGUCUCUUGGAGGCAGUUGCAAAAACUGCUGAUCACAGGAUCUGGAAAGAGCUGUUCAGUAUGAUCAGAUCUACUGUGCAAUAUUUAAGCAGGUUUUUCUGGAAUGUAGCUGUUAGGGCUUGAGAAUGAAAUCCGGCAUAUUUAGUAGUGGAUUUUGAUGUUUUUCAUAUUGGGUGUUAAGCUUAGAUGAUGGCUGAAGGUGAAAACUAGGUAUGAGAGUUGGAUUUCCUAAAUGAUUCCCUCUCACCUUAUUGCUGCUUUCACCCUCAUGCUAUGACUUGCAGGGCCAUAAGUGGAUUGCAGCUGUGACCUGGAAUCUCAUAUAUAAGAGGGUUUUGAAUAGUUAAGACAACUGAUAAAUCUCAGAGACAGAAUUGGCACAGCUAGGCAGACAUUUGGCCGGAGGCUGGGCAUGUCAAAAAAAGUUCAGUCAGUGUUCAGCCAAUGGGUCAUAAACUGCCCUAGAUAUGUACAGACUGAUCUAGGAUAAUCUGCAUCCUCAAGUAGGAACUUCAUGACAGUCAAUGAAUCCUCAGUUCCAUGAAAAAUACCUAUACUUAAAAAAAAUAAAAUGAAUCACUAUAGAAUGAUUGUAUCUUGUACAAGUUUUCAGCCUCUUCCACUUCCUUUCAGGAGUCUAAUCCUUCAAAAUUCUAAGAAUCAUUAUCCCUUGAGGUAACAUAGAUGAGAACUAGGUAAACCUUGUGGUACCCUCCAGAAAUGUUUCCUACCUGUUGAUCCUCACCAAACUGCGUUCUUGCACACUUCCUCCUCUCCCUUUGCACCCAGCAUGGGACAGGAGCCAGGAGUCCUUUCUCCUCUCCUGCCCUCAGACGCUCAGUUGCUUACUUUCUCUUUUGUAGAAACCAUAGCUUGUGGUUCAGUUUGGGCCAUUUUGUCCUCUAAACCAGUUUUGCAAACUACCUUCAAACUAUGGUUUGCAAUCCUGGUUGGAAAGGAAAGUGCAAACCAUAGUUUGCCCAUUUAGACAUAAUGGCAGGAUUCAGUAACUGAAGUGAAACACAUCAGUAGAUGAGGGAGUUUGCAGGCACAAGGCUCAUUCCUGCGGUGACCAAUCAUGGUUUGUCAAAUGGUAUUUCUUAUGGACAGAGGUGGACCGAACGUACUCCUGCAGAAUGGGACUGUGGCCCAGGAAUGCCUUUAAGGGCAACUAACCAAGUUGCCUGCUGCCACUCUUUGUAGGACUCUUUCACUCUGUCCGCAGCAUGAGGGCCAUGUGGUCAGGCGUUAUAUUGAGCAUUCAAUGUCAGUAGUUGCAUUACUACUGAAAUUUCAAGCAUCAUAAUAAGCAUGAACAAGUGUGGCCUCCAACAUAAUGUUGCAGGGUAUCCUCCCUCCUAAAAAACAGUGUUGUGGUGCAGGAUUAGUCUUGGCAACCAUUCUCCCCUCAAGCAGAACAUUCUGCUCCUCCAGCCUCUGCUCUUUUAAUCUAUUUUUUCCCAUUUUCACUCUAUAAGCUGUGGCUACUGAGCAGGAUUAGUUCUCAUUGUGCUAUUUUGUGGGGGAACUUUGCCCCCCAAGAGAACUUGUUCUGUGGCAAAGCUGGGGUUCCCUGAGCAUAUUGAUACCUCCCUCCUGUUUUUCAAUGACCUCAUUUUGGCUGCAGCCUCAUGGGCACCCAAACCCCUGAAUUCACUGUUAGGAGUUGCAGUGUUAUGAAUGGAGCAGACAGGCCCAGUUUGGAUAUUGCAACUCUCUCCCCCCCCCCCCCAAAUCCUUCUGCAUGGACUACUUGACUUCUGCAUGGACUACUUGACCCUUGUGGUCCCUUUGAACUCUACAAUUCUAUGAUUCAUUUAAACGUUACUUAUUGUCAGGGUUGCCACAGUUGACGUUAUAGCAAACAGUUGCAUGUACAUGGCAUACGGUAAGGAGAUAAAUAGGUACCACUCCAGCGGGAAGGUAGAUGGCAUUUCCAUGCGCUGCUCUGGUUUCGGUGUUCCAUUGUGCCAGAAGCGGCUUAGACACGCUGCCACAUGAUCUAGAAAAACUGUCUGUGGACAAACGCCAGCUCCCUCAGCCUGUAAAGCGAGAUGAGCGCCGCAACCCCAGAGUCGUCGGACUUCACUGUUAGGGGUCCUUUACCUUUACCUUUAAGGAGCAUUUGAACACAACUUCUUCUAUGUGCAGUGCUGCCUUGGAGAAGACCUUUUGGUGGCCUGCAUGAGUGAGUAGCAAUGCCCCACCUGGUCCUUAGCUCCCUUUACAUGCACAGUUGGGUGCUCACAAUCUUCCAGCACACACCUACCUCUGUGUCUGUGGGAAGGUUGCCUGCAAGAGAGCAGGUUGGUUGGUGGUUGGAACCUUCAGUGUAUAGAGUGCGCACAUGGAAAGAAGUUGCUUCAGGGCCCUGGAUGAUACCCUUAACCUUCAGUAAAUAAAUGCUAAGAUUUAUGCACAUUACCUACUUAUUUGGUAGGUUGCCUGGAAAGUAGCUACCAUUUUUUUUAUCCAUAGGGAGCUAUAUAUUGAGUCCUAGCUUUACCUGCCUCGUCGACUCUUUUCUUAUUUUUUUACACACAUUUGGAAGGAGUGAAAUGGGGUGGGGGGGGAGGAAGAACCACUCAUAACUCUGUCAGAUUCUAGCCGAAAACACUUACAAGUCCUGUAGGCUACCAAUCAAACUGUGUUUGCGUUGUACGCGAAAGAUGCAGCGCCCUCUGUCAUUUUUAAUUAUCCCAGGAAUGAAGUUCUCAACAAAACAUACACUUCCAUUUAGGCUGAGCUGGAGGUUUGCAAACUCACCCAUAAUUGGGCUCCAAAUAGGGCAGUCAGUGAUUGCUCGUGAUGGUAAUUCAUUUGGGCAGUUGCCUUUGAUACUCAAGGCGCUUAUUCCGAUUGUCUACAUUCCACUCCUUGCCCUCCUGUCUAACAAUAACUUCCUGGAAAGCAAGCAUUAACACAGAAUGGAAGAGCAUCAGAGGAGCCCUGCUGGAUAAUCUAGUCCUGCAUCCUGUUGUCCAAGAUGCCUGUGGGAAGCCCAAAACUGGGACACAAGUACAAUGACCCCUUCGUAGUUGUUCCCAGCAACUGGCAGCAUAUUGCCAUCAUGACUGGUAGCUAUGGAGAGCCUCCAUGAAUGUGUCUAACCUCCUUUUAAAGCGAAGUCCGCGGCCCUUGCCACUUCUUGUGACGAAUUUCAUAGUUUAACUGUGUAUUAUCAGCAGCACUAUAAAAUAUGUCUGUGUUUGUGUCAGUCUGGGUAUAUAACCAUCUGAAAAGUGAACAACAGAGCAGAAAUACUUGUUCAAAAUGCAAAACGCUUCCUCUUUAAAAGGUCUCUUGUGACAGCAUUUCUGUGCCUGUGCCUUACUUCUAGCUAACUUCUAGCAUGUGUGAAUGAUACUCCUCAGAGGAAGAGUAUCUCUAGCUAACUUCUUGUAAGAAUGUUUUGUCUUGCUCCUUUGAGAUCUGUCCCAUUACAAGGAGAAAGGGGGAGACAGCUGUACUGAGAACACUUGGUCAGGAGAAAAUAAUAAUACUAUUAACAUUGUUUUAGUGACAACCUUCAAACAUUUGGUCAUGAAUAUACCCAAGGAAAACCAGCAAACAUUCAGUCAACUGUGAUUCUCCCUCUUACUUUUUUAUAGCUUGCAGAAAUUCAUGGUGUUCCUCGUGGGCUUUAUGACGGACCAGUUCACGAUGUCAUAGUAACUGCUAAAGCUGUGGCCCCAACUCCUACCUCAAGAAUAGCUACCUGUUCAGGCAAAAUACAGGUUCCUCCCAUCCGCAACCUACAUCAGUCAGGCUUCAGCCUGUCUGGUAAGUUGAUUUUUUUUAAGGGGGUGGUACAAAAUAAACAUCAAAUUCACUUGGAUAAAGAGAAUGCUGACUUAAAGGGAAGCUCCCAUUUUGUUGACACAUUAACCAAGGCCCAGAUCUGGGUCACAACCUGAAGCCCAUUCCAGAUUUAUAGUACUGGUAUCUGUACUAGAAUUUAGGGGUUGUGUUUUCUGCUGUUGCUACAUGCUAGGCAUAAAAUAAGAUUUGAAUUAGUGACUGAACUGAUGUGACUGCAUCUUAAGCGCUUCAUUUGGCAUGGCUAUGUGGCCUUUUAAGGUGGCUUGUUGCUGUUUUUAUUAAUCUCACACUUUGGUACCCAAGACUAAAGGCACCUUGCAAUGGUGCACAAGCACUUUAUCUGCUGCAAGCUAAUCUACAUUCUCUGUACUACGUUGAUGACCUAGCAGUGCCUUUUGGUGGGCAUGCGUCCAGUCACACCAGUGAGUUGCAUAGUCAGUCUGUGGCCUAGUACUGUCACUUGGGUAUGGACUUGCAUCCUGUGGCUCCUGCCAGGUUGUUGGGCCCUAGUACAUGACACUCCAGUUUGUGGAUCGUUACUCACUUUGCAAAAUUCAAUUUUUGAAGGCGAGUGCCUUGUUCAACGGGACGCGGGUGGUGCUGUGGGUUAAACCACAGAGCCUAGGACUUGCCGAUCAGAAGGUUGGCGGUUCAAAUCCCCGCAACGGGGUGAGCUCCCGUUGCUCGGUCCCAGCUCCUGCCAAUCUAGCAGUUCGAAAGCACGUCAAAGUGCAAGUAAAGUAGAUAAAUAGGUACCGCUCCAGCAGGAAGGUAAACGGUGUUUCCAUGUGCUGCUCUGGAUCGCCAGAAGUGGCUUAGUCCUGCUGGCCACAUGACCUGGAAGCUGUACGCCGGCUCCCUUGUCCAAUAAAGGAAGAUGAGCACCGCAACCCCAGAGUCGGCCACGACUGGACCUAAUGGUCAGGGGUCCCUUUACUUUUACCUUUACCUUGUUCAACAGUUUUCCUUUGCACCUCAUUGACUCAGGUGCUGUGCUGCUGCUGCCAAAAAUAGCAUUCAUGGAAUGGAGAUUCAUGCCUGCUUGGAGAAUGUUUAAGACAGGGGUCGGCAAAGUUUUUGUGGCUUGGGCCGGUUCAUGGUCCAGCAGACGCCGCGGUGGGCCGGAGUGUGUGCUCAUGCACAAAUGCUAUUUCCGGUGCAGAGGAGGCAUGCGCAGCUUCCCAUUGGCUGCAGGAGCUUCCUGCAGCCAAUGGGAAGCCGGCCAGCGUCGCUGAAGGUGGUCCCCGCUCUGCUCGGUGCCACUUUAAUCCGGAGCAUGGGAGCCGACUGAGUAGGCAGCGGGGGUCCCUGAAUGGGCGGUGGGGGGUCCAUGGGCCGGUUAAACGACCCCUGGUUUAAGCCCCCUUUCCAGUUGGGCUUGCUUACUAGCUUGCUUACUAGCGCGCAAGGGGUGGUACAAAUGGAGCACUGGAUGUGCAGUCCGUCGCCAUGGUUGUAUGACAACCAUGAAAGGGUAGGAGAAGUCAGUGCCUCCUCCAGAAGGGCAUCACUUAGCACUAAGAGAGGCAGGAAGCAGGGUGGGGCUGCCCAUUGCAUGUUCAACACUGGGAGAUCACCUAGCACUCUUGGGCUUGGGACAAGGAAGGGGUCCAUGAAUGUACAUUUGUGAUAUGGAAGCAGCUGGAUAUGUGGGGUGAGGGAAGUUUUUUUUAGCCCAGGCCCACAUCCUCUGGGGUCCACACACCAGAGUCAGAUGGGGCAGGGCUGGAGGCAGAAGUGGGUGGAGUAAUGAAUGUAAAUUUUAAUUUUGUACAAUAGCUUAGUUUCUCCACACACUUACACAUCCCUCUCUAUCCUCCGGGAAAAUGAGAGGCAUUGUCAGGGAUACAUUAUCAGCAGGCAAAAGUACUCAAGGAGGGAGCAAAUCAGGGUUAGUAGAGAAUGUGGUCUGGGGAGAUUCCUGAGGGCCAAGUGGGGAGGAUGGGGGUUUCAUUUGGCUCCUAGACUUGAGGUUCCCUGCCCUCUGGCUUAAGUAGCACUUGUUCACCCUGAAGAUUAAAAGCCUGCGGUUUGGACAAAAGAGGACCUUCAGUGGCAACCACUAUCACUCCCUAGAUUUUAGAAAGUGUCUUACCUUUUAACCUCUGUGUGCUGCUUAGAGCAUUUUGGGUGCUUCGUAAGUCAUAAACAGUAAUAAUAUAUUUCCUUUGAUCAAUGAUGUCAUUAUUCAUUCCAGCACGCUGUAAUUAUUUUGGAUCACAUUUUAUUUUAACUCGAUCCAAGUGUGAAACUCUAGAAGUGUUUAAUCUUCUUUUAAUCCUAAAUGCUUAGCUAUUAAGAGCUGUUCGAAAAUACCUUUGGACUUGGUCCAGACAGUUAAGUACUUUCAGACCUUAUUAAUUUCAAUGGGGGAACUGAAGCGCAAACAUAAAUCUCAUCCGCUGAAAUUAACGUGCCUUUAGAAGUGCUUAGCGUCUGCCCCCUUCAUUUCCUUAUGUUCUUAUAAAGGAGCAUAAGAUUUCCUAUCUUUAGGAAUUAGCACAUUAUGGUUCAGUUUUCAAAGGGCAUGAUUCCAGUGAUACAUGGCAAAAUUCUCCAUGCUACUUUUCAUGAUAAAUGAUUGUGCAGUAAUAAAUGUAAAAGAAAACAAAACGUAAUAUAAUAUAUAAUAUAAUUAAUAUAAUAUAAUAUACUUGAUUUGCAUGUACACAUUCCAUUUCCUGUGUCAGCAUGAACGAAUCUCCAUAGAAAUACUCUUUUAACAAUCGCAUGAUGCUCAUAAUAAGGCUGUGUUGUAUUAAUGAACGCAUUUCUUGAUUUACCUAUUUGUAAGCAUUCUAUUGUGUGCCAUUUUUUCUUUUAGGAUCUCAAGCCGAUGACCAUGUUGCAAGACGUACUGCACAGAAAAUUAUUGCUCCCCCGGGUGGACGCUCCAAUAUUACAUCUCUGUCAUAAUGAUUCAAUAUUUGAUCCCUAUGCAGACAUAACUGUGAUUAGAUCUAACUGGGCAUGAUCAGGCACAUUCAGGCUGCAAUCCUACACCCAUUUACUUGAGUGUAAGCCCCAUUGAACUUGAUGAGAGUUACUUUGGAGUCGAUGUGUGUAGGAGUGCACUGCCAGAAACACUUUUAAGUCCCAUUGCUUGAAUCAUAGCCUACUGAAAUCAGUGGCACUUGCCCUCUUUUCCCCCCGUUGGGGCAGAUAGUUUGUAGAAGUGCGUUUAACAUUCCUUUAAAAUUACUGUAUCGUUAAAAGACUCUGCCUUGCCUACACUCCCCAAGCACCUCUUGCAUUACAAACGGCGAUCACUGAAUCCGUGAUUCUUAAGAAGAACCUUUUUAAAAGUGACCAUGUGGAUAUUUAACACUGCCAAAUUAAAGGGCUUGGAUGGGAGUGCACAUCCCAGGAAUAUGAAAACGAUUUGCCUUCUUACUCAGGAUAAAAUUCCCCACCGUUUCUUCUUUCAGUGGAAAAUGAGUGCACCCCUCCCCAGUGUAUAGAUUUUGUCAACUGUUUUAAAUAUAUCCUCCAAUUUUCAGCAAAUCUCCAGAGACAUGCAUGUAAACAUGUGACCUUCUAGUGAAGUACUUUUAAAUUCUGUUCAGCUGAACUGCUAGUUGUGUGCUAAGUUACAACCAAGGCAUACCUGAAUACUUUUCAAUUUCAAUUUUGAGGCUUUCUAUCAAUAGUCUCUGCUCUUUCUACAAAAAUAGUUUUUACUGGAAAGGAAUCCUUGUGCUAUUUUAACACAAGCAGCUUAUUCCUAUAUUUCCUUUCCUUUUUCUUUUAUACUGACAACAUGGAAUACUCCCCUACCUUGCUCCUGUGCAGACAUAAUGCUGAACUUGGAUUUGUUUUGACCAAGCUUAAGUAUUAAGCCAUAGGUUAAGGACUGGCCACAAACUAGGAAGUGAAAGCAAAAUUUGACAUGGGUUUUUUAACCACGAUUUGAAUCAACCACAGUUGUGUGAUCAUUCCCAUGUCAAACAAACCAUGGUUGAGAGCAUCUUCCCAUCAUUACAACACCUCUGCUUGCAAGGUUGACAAGCAGGUUUCACUGAUAUCUCUCUGCACUUCCCCUUAGCUCACUGAGUCAUAGGUUCACUGUGGGAUCUUAACCAGAAUUAAGGCAACAAACCAUAGUUAGGUGUUAUGUCUACAUGGGCCCUUGUGAGCCUCAAACUCACUGCCAACAUCUUCCUGACCCAUAGGACUCCUUCAUCUGGUAGAUUGCCAUAUGGAAACCACUGCUCUAAAUUUUAUAGCUGCAAUUUCACCAGUAACCAUAGAUCGAGCCACAAAUGGCUUAUGGCUGACAUUGAUUGAAAAUGUCUAUAAGAUCUCAUUGGUAGAUCCUUGAACAUAAUUUUAGGAACCAUUGUCACUCAGUAUCGUUGUGGCAGCAUGGAUAUAAGAAAUACAAGUGUGGUCUGAUUGUUCAUGAAAUUAGGUGUCAUAGUGUCACUUUAGAACUGGUAUAAAACAUGCAUCUAGACUUUGAAAUAAUAAUAAUAAUAAGAUAGCUGAAUUUCUGGAACCUGGACACAAUUGUGUAAGUGCCAGUGUGUUUUUAGUCUUUUGUUAGUCUUGGAUUUUUUAAAAACAAAUUAUUUAUACAGGGUUUUUUUUCCAAGUACCAAGUGUAGACCUUCUGAACCAGAAAAUAGGUGUAUCUGGAGGUCAGCAGCACACCGUGAACUUUUUAUAAAACUUAUAACAGGUUUAUUAUAUUUAAAGCUAUGUACAGCGAAAGUGAUCUUCUAUAUUCCAUAUCAUUCCAUAAAACUAUGCUUGUGACUCGUUUACACAAAACAACUUGUUUUUGUUCAGUUUUGUUAUUUACAUUCAAUAAAGUUUCUUUGAAAUCAGCUAAAUGAUAAGCCAGAUGAAUGAUUCUGACCUCUCUUCUACUUCAUAUUGAUUGGAGUUAAGGUAACCUCUGCAUAAUUGGUAAUGACUCAACGCCCGUUGAAAUUAGGGGUGGACCAAUUUGAUGGGUCCUCGAUUACUGGUCUCUUUUAUUUAUAUUUUGUACUGCUUUUGGGUUUUCCUCUGAAAUGUUUUAAUUUGUGACAAUGAGGU